AUGAGUCAGCCCGAUGCCGAUAGGGGUGUGCAUGAUGUGGAGGCAGCUGCUGUGAAGUGUACCAGUUCGAAGGAUCAAGACAGUAUCAAGGAUGGAGAUAAUGUUGGCAUGAUUGAGGAGAGCAGUGUCACAAAGUCAAUGUUGCAGCUGAGGGAAGUGCACAGCAGGGCUGACUGGCCCAGGUGUGUGACUGAAUUUAUGGAGUUCUCAGAGAUUGAGAACCAUGAUGAUUUCUACACAAGUGAAGAGGGUGUCAUUCACACUCAGGAUCAGCGAGGGAUUUAUAUCGUCUAUGAUGUGGCAAUAAAGGAUCUAACAGAGUUAGAAAACCAGUUGCUACUCCUUGUGACCCAAUAUAUUGAGAAAGAACAGGGGAGCAGGAGGGGGAGUUCCUCUGUGGGAGGGUCGCAGUGUGGGGAUAAUGAUCUUCCAACCUGGGCCCACUUGACUGUCGAUCGCUUUGCUGUUUUGUUUGAUCUGUGGAGGUGUGAAGCAGCAUUUCUGGAGAAUAAACGACAGCUAUUGGACAGUUAUUUUGAAGCCUAUCAGCAUGUUUUUGAUGUGGAAGAGCGGUUUGCCUUAGCCCAAGUUAUUGCAGACAUCAUGCACAAACGUCCACGGUUCAAUUUGAGCAGUGAGUACUUUGUGAAGACCUAUCAGGCUGAAUGUACUUGUUUGAAGCUUCACUUACAACUUAUAAGUGACAUUUUGAACAAACAGAUAGAUGAGCAGCGAGAAUAUGUACAGAGGAUUUGGAGGGAUGGUGGACGGACGGAGAAGGGUGUUGAAUUUGGCCUACCCCUUAAUAUCAUUGCUAAGCAACCAGUUGCCAUUAACAACAGUUGUCCUGCCUUGAAAAGGAUUUAUUUGUUGGAAUUUCAUCCAUCACUCGGACUGGCCUCUCGUAUUCUGAAUACACUAGAACGUGUUUACUGGGAGCUGCAUCACAUUUACAGACCGAAGACGGCUGAUGAGUGCAUUAGUCUAGAGAAACAAGUUCUUAAUUUGGCAUUAGAAAAAUGGGUGGCCAUGGAAAAGAUCGAGUCAUGCUAUAGUCUCCAGGUUCAAAAGGAUUUGUUUUCGGGAGUGUUCAUCGAUGAUCCGCUCUUUGUCAGAGACGUUGGGCUUUCCUUCAUGAAAGAUUCAGGCGAAGUUGAAAGUAGACCUGGAGCAGCAAAUCAAACCUUUAUGUUGCACACAUUCUGCAGGCUUUUGGAGAUCAUCACACUGCGCCAUCGUUUGAUAGAGGCUGCAUCUGAAACUGCCUUGUUAGCUCGAUUAUACAAGUCUGCUGCAAUGCAAAUGGGUUUCGAGGAAUUCCAUCUCUACUUGCGACCUGUACAGUUUGAACUCGCAGCCUAUAAACAGAAAGCUGAUCAGCCCCCUCCCGUAUUCAUUACAAGUUUGCUUGAAGACAGCAGUAAUGUUGACAGAUAUGUCCCCUCAAGCUUGUUAUUAGCAAUCCAGGAAGUUGAUGAAAAUCACAUAGGAAAGUUCAGUUUUCGCACCAAGGAAGCUGUUCUUCAGCUGCUGGUGAGGAACGGUGUGGAUAACCUGCAGGUGGCCUUAGCCUGUCAGACAGUGCAGAAAAAUUCCCUAAUUGCGGCAGUG